UUCAGCAAAAUAAGAUGAUGUACAAUUCAACAGGGAAUUUCAGUGACAACUCUACGUCGGAAUAUAAGGCUCCUCUUUUGGCAGUCCACUUCGUAUUAUUUCUUCUUAUUAUCAUUGGAAACUUAUGUGUUCUGUCCGCCAUUGCAAUAUCAGGACAAGGACGAAAGACCCGGAUGAAUUUCUUUAUUAUGCACCUUGCCAUAGCAGAUUUAAGUGUUGGACUUUUUUACGUGACAGCAGAGAUUGGACUCGUGGCGUCAAAUUACGAGUGGAUAGCUGGUGCAACAUUCUGUAAAUUACUACAUUAUAUGAAGGAACUAGUUAUAUUUGCCUCUACAUAUAUGCUUGUAUCCUUGAGUAUGGACCGAUUUGAUGCGAUAGCACGUCCAAUGAAAUUUUCACGCAAAGCGUUUCGGGCCAAACUUUUGGUAUGUUUAUCGUGGAUGAUGGCAGCCAUGUUUUCAGUCCCGUCUUUGGUUCUGUAUGACGUACGACAACACCAGGAAGCGUGGAAUCAGACCAUGUGUACUAUACACUUUCAACAGGACUGGAUGUGGCAGCUGUACUUCACGUUGGUAUUCUUAGCCUGCUUUCUGAUUCCUGGUAUUAUCAUAGCCGUUUGUUAUACACUAAUAGCUGUUAUUAUAUGGAAGAAGAGUAAAGCCAUUGAAGAGGGGUCAGAUGCUAUGUGUAGUUUACGAGAUGGACAAGAUUAUAAUCCCUCUGGAUGUGGUGUAGCAGGAAGUGUAAUUCAUCAAGCAAAGAUAAGGACAAUUAAAAUGACAUUCAUGAUUGUUACAGGUAAGCAAAGAUAA